AUGGCUACCCCUAGUGUCCUAGCUUUUGACGCUGAGGGUCGCGCCAUUGAUUUUGAGGUCUGGUUAGACGACCUGCAGCUGUUCUUACAGUGCGACAGGGCUGACGACCUUUCUCUCUUUGAUCUCACCUCUGGCGCCUCUCCUGCUCCUGCUGCUGAUGCUGAUCCCGCUGUCCGCUCUAAGUGGGCCACCCGCGAUGCUGCUGCACGUCUUGCUGUGCGUCGCCACCUCCCUACCUCUGAGCGUGCGCACUUCAGUCAGUACAAGAGUGCUCAGACCUUGUACGACGCUGUGGUUGCGCGCUACUCCUCCCCUGCCACUGCUGCACUGAGCCGUCUCAUGCUUCCCUACCUCUUUCCUGACCUCUCUGCCUUUCCCACUGUCGCUGACCUCAUUACGCACCUCCGCACUAGUGACACUCGCUACCGCGCCGCCCUUCCUGCUGAGUUCUGCGCUAAGAACCCCCCCACCAUGUACAUCGCUCUCUACUACGUAGUCGCGCGCCUCCCUGACUCCCUUCGAGUCGUCAGGGACCACUUUCUCGCAGUCUGUCCCACCACCCUCACCGUCGACCUCCUCGAGAAGGCCCUCCUCGCAGCGGAGAAGAGCAUCGUCGCUGUAGGUGCUUCUCGUGGUGACCCUCGCACCCCCAUCUUUGAGGGGUGCUCUCCUUCCCCCUUGCUGCCCUCUGUUGCCUCUACUGCUGCUGCCGACCUGCUUGGUCUUGAGUCGGUCGGCGCGGCGUCUGCCCCUAGUGGGAGACGUCGCUCCAGCAAGGGCAAGGGGGGCAAGGGCGCGGGUGGAGCUGGAGGGGGCGGUGGCGGUGGCGGCGGUGGCGGCGGAGGGAGUGGGGGUGGCGGCGGGACUAGUGGCGGGGGUGGUGGUGGUGGUGGCAGCAGCGGCGGAGACGGUGGUGGUGGUGCCAGCGGCAGUGGUGGAGGCAGCGGCGGAGGUGGAGGCGGUGGAGGUGGAGGCGGUGGAGGCGGCAGCGGAGGAGGCAGUGGUGGUGGAGGGGGUGGAUCUGGUCGGGGUGGUACCCAGCAGCGUAGCGGCGGUGGUGGUGGCCAGCGCUCGCAGCGGCAGCAGCAGCAGCGCUCUCAGGACAUCCCUUCGCCUCAGCAGCUUCGUGAGUGGUACGCUGGGCGUCAGAGGGGUGGGGGUACUGGUCCCUGCACCUACGUUCUUCGUUCCGGCGACCGCGCGGGUGAGCAGUGUGGGGGUGCCCACGCCACCCAGCGCUGCUUUGACCGCCUGACGGACGCCUGGCGUCAGCAGUUCCCUGGGGCUAGUGAGAUCCCUCGCUGGGAUGAGCUUCUCAGGGCUGGUGUAGCGAUCUUUGAUCUUGAUUUUGAUGCUAUCCUUACUGCUAUGUAUGUUGUGGAUUAUAGUGAGGAGAAUGAGGGUUACCGCUGUUUCCAGCCCGACCCGGGCAUUGGUACUGCUGCGCCAGGUGCUUGUGAGGCUGCUGCUCUAGGUGCCAGUGCGUCUGCGCUCUCAGGUACUGGUGAGACUGCGCUCUCAGGUACUGAGUCGUCCUCGUCCUCCCUCACUUUCACACUUGACUCCGGAGCUUCUCGCUCCUUCUUUCGAGACCGCACUACCCUUACGCCGCUCGGCCGGCCGGUUGCAGUCUCCCUUGCUGACCCCUCUGGGGGUCCUGUCCUGUCUCACUUCUCCACUGUCCUCCCGUGUCCGGCUGCCCCUUCGGGCACCCUGUCGGGUCUGUACCUUCCCUCGUUCUCUACGAACUUGGUGAAUGGAGCGGACCUGCAGGAUGUGGGUGUUCACCAGUUCACUCCUGCGAGUCAGCGGGUGACCCACUGCACGGAGGCACGCACAGGCCGACACCUGGCCACGUUCUCGCGUCGGCCGGGGCCGAGUCUCUACACCCUGACCGUUGAGUCUCCUCCUGUCCCUGCGUCUGGUCAGGUGGCUGCGUCGGGUCAGGUACUUGCUGCUGCGUCCCGGUCAGGUCCUGAGUCUGCCCCCUGUUCUUGUGGCCUCCUGUCUCACGAGACUCUCCUGUGGCACCACCGUCUUGGCCACCCCUCCUUGCCCCGUCUUCGGAGCAUGGCUUCCCGUGUCCUUGUCUCUGGUCUUCCCCAGUCUCUCCCUCCUCUCCCCUCCGGGCCAGGACCUUCCUGUGUCCCCUGUAUCGAGGGUCGCCUCCGGGCUACUCCUCACUCCUCCCACUUCCCCCCGACAGAGGCUCCCCUGCAGACGCUUCACAUGGAUGUGUGGAGCCCAGCCCCCGUCCGUGGGCAGGGUUACGAGCGCUACUUCCUGUUGGUGGUUGACGACUACUCGCGUUACACCACAGUCCUCCCCUUGCGCAGCAAGGGUGCGGUCACUGAGGUGCUGAUCGACUGGAUCCGCGAGGCUCGUCUCCAGCUCAGGAAGAGCUUCGGCUCGGACUUUCCUGUUCUGCGUCUGCACUCUGACAGAGGCGGAGAGUUCUCUUCUCGCCUUCUGCGAGACUACUGUCGUGCACGGGGGAUCCGCCAGACCUUCACGCUUCCGGACUCACCACAGCAAAAUGGGAUUGCUGAGCGCCGCAUUGGCAUGGUCAUGGAUGUCGCUCGUACGUCCAUGAUGCAUGCGGCUGCCCCCCAUUUUUUGUGGCCGUUUGCGGUGAGGUACGCGGCGCAUCAGCUCAACCUUCACCCCCGGGUCUCUCGGCCUGCGAUGUCCCCAGUCUUGCUGUGGACGGGGAAGGUUGGCGAUGCGUCUGUGUUCCGUGUCUGGGGAUCUCGGGCGUUUGUCCGCGACUUGUCUGCGGACAAGCUGUCCCCUCGUGCUGCUCCCUGUGUCUUCCUUGGCUUCCCCACUGACGCCCCAGGGUGGCAGUUUUACCACCCCUCCUCUCGUCGUGUUCUGUCCUCCCAGGACGUCACGUUCGACGAGUCAGUCCCCUUCUACCGUCUCUUCCCCUACCGCACUCCUUCCCUCCCCCCUCCCCCGGACUUCCUUGUGCCGGUUCCCCCCCCGGUAGACCCCCUCCCCCCUCAGGUUCCUGCCCCCUCAGGUGUGUCCCAGGUAGACGCCGUUGACCCGGUCGAGGUUACUGGUGACUCUGGUGCUGCUGCGGGUGCUGAGCCUGGGGGUGCUGACUCUGGGGGUACUGUGCGCGGGGGUGCUGAGCCUAGGGGUGCUACUGCUGGGGGUGCUGAGCCGGGGGGUGCUGUGCCUGGAGGUGCUGGGUCUGGGGGUGCUGGCUGCUGA